AUAAGUACUAACCCGUUUUUUUCUCUUUCCUUGUGUAAUCUCACUCGGUCCAUGGACAAACUUCCCGAUGAUAUAGCCCUCCAUCUACUGAGUCGACUCGACGACUCGGCCGACGUAGCUCGCUGCCGACUAGCUUGUAAGACGUUCGAUACUGUCUCUCCGGAACUUCGAUCAAUCAAUCUUCAAUGUUCAUUGGAAAGGCACCGAGAAACCACUCCGAAAUGUGUCGAGUGGCUACCUAGGGUUUGCGGAAGGUUGAAAUCGCUUUCAAUUUCUGAUUUUUGGAUUCAAUCUUGUUGGCGUCGAUCGGACCUGUUGCCUCUAGUUUCUGCGUAUUGUCAUAAUCUUCUUGAAUUAGAGGUGAAGAACGCAUGGCUAUCAGUAGAAAACAUGAACCCAAUGCCAAUGCUAACAACUUUAACACUUGAAUUCAUAAGAUUAGACGAUGAAGACCUAAACAUGUUGAACAAAUCCUUCCCAAAUCUUCAAGUUCUUAACUUGGUAGGUGUCGGAGGUCUCAAACUCCCCAAAAUCAACCUUCUUAACCUCAAAACCUGUCACUGGACUGUAUCAAAUGCCCCAUCAUCUUUAACCCUAAUCACACCCACUCUCAUCACACUAAGACUCGAAUGCAUAAAACCCACUUCACUUUACAUCGAAGCUCCCAUGUUAUCUCAUCUCCAUCUUGCCCUUGAUCAUGCUGACUCAUUUACAAUCAAAAAGUUCCUAAAUUUAAAAACCCUUUGGCUCGAGUCUUUAUACAUCGGAUCCUUACUCUUAAACUUCCCAUUUACAAAAACAGUCGAAAACCUAACAGUCGAUUCACGAAAGUGGGAGAGAAGGGCAGUUGGGAUUUCCAAAUUUACCCUUGAGAAGGUGUUCACGGUUUUCCCGAAUGUGAAUUCUUUAUGUAUAAACUCAAGUUUGUGGUCGGAAUUAGAGGCGUGUUAUGAUGUGGAAAGUUGGGAGACUUGGGAUGGGAGAAAAGGGUUGAAAUCAUUUUGUGCAUAUUUGUUGUUGGUUGACCCUUUGUUGACUUUUUCAUUGGUUGCUUCUUUGUUGGAUCAAUGUGUGGGGUUGGUUGAUGUUUCAUUGCUUAUACAUCAUGAUGUUGUUGCUAAUGUAUCGAAAAGCUUUAUCUCAAGGUGUACAUCUCGGUGGCCGGAAGUGAAUUGGAAAUGGGGAAUUUGGAGAGAAGGAAUGGAAGUUUCUUGGCUAACCAAUGUAUAAAUUUUGAAUGAUUUCUUCAUGAUUUUUGGAUCAUAAAAAAUGAUUUUUUGCUUGUCUUUGUGUUAUAUUUAGAUAAUUAUGUUGUAAAUACGAUCAUAUGUAUGUUAUAUCUUUGGUUUUACUAGAUAAUAUAGUAGCUGGUAUCUAUGUUUAUGGUUUAUUGGUUGCAAUAGAUAGUAGUUGAUCUGGAUUGGAGUGGACUACCUUUCUAGGGCUAGUUUUAUUAGAAG